GUUUGAAUUCACGCACAAGAAGCAGUCGGGCGGAGCAGGCCAGUAUGGCAAAGUUAUCGGUGUUCUCGAGCCCCUGGACCCAGAGGACUUCACAAAAGUAGAGUUUGAAGACAGAACCGUUGGCACAAAUAUUCCAAAACAAUUUGUGCCCGCUGUUGAAAAGGGAUUCCGAGACGCGUGUGAAAAGGGCACCGUGUCAGGGCACAGGAUAUCUGGGGUCCGGUUCGUCCUAGAUGAUGGUGCUCAUCACAUGGUGGACUCUAACGAAAUCUCCUUCAUCCGAGCAGGAGAAGGAGCCCUAAAGCAAGCUAUGGAAAACGCCACCGUGCGUAUACUUGAGCCCAUUAUGGCAGUGGAGGUGAUGGCACCCACCGAAUUCCAAGGAGCGGUGAUAGCGGGAAUUAAUCGGCGUCACGGAGUGAUCACAGGACAGGACGGCACCGAGGGCUACUUCACUCUCUACGCUGAGGUGCCACUGAAUGAUAUGUUUGGAUAUGCCACCGAGCUGAGGUCUUGCACAGAGGGAAAGGGUGAAUACACAAUGGAGUACUGUAAAUACCGACCGUGUUUGCCCAGCACUCAAGAGGAAAUAAUUAACAAAUACCUCGAAGCAACGGGACGGCUCCCUGUAAAAAAGGGCAAAGCCAAGAACUGACUUUUUUCCUCUCAAGCACAUUGAACAGGUUUUCAGAGUCUUCU